GCAGCUCUUCUGCUUCUUCUUCGAGAUCGAGAGAGAUAGUGAAGGGGAGUGGGGAUCAGGUGGGUGAUGGUUGCUCCCUCAUCGCUUUAGGGCUUUGGUUUCUUUCUCUUGUGAUUCUCUCGGCCUAGGGAUCCUUCGACUCGGAGGAAAGAUGGCCGGAGACGGCAAGGAGAUUAGCUUGGAUGCGAUCAAGAACGAAACAGUCGAUCUGGAACGAAUUCCAAUCGAGGAAGUAUUUGAGCAGCUGAAAUGUUCGAGGGAAGGUCUUUCAGCUCAGGAAGGAGCCAAUCGCCUCCAGAUCUUUGGUCCCAACAAACUGGAAGAGAAAAAGGAGAGCAAAAUCCUCAAAUUUCUUGGUUUCAUGUGGAAUCCCCUCUCCUGGGUAAUGGAAAUGGCUGCUAUCAUGGCCAUCGCCUUGGCCAACGGUGGCGGGAAACCUCCGGACUGGCAGGACUUCGUCGGCAUCGUAGCGUUGCUCGUCAUCAACUCCACCAUCAGCUUCAUCGAAGAAAACAACGCCGGCAACGCCGCAGCAGCCCUGAUGGCUGGCCUUGCACCAAAAACAAAGGUGCUCAGAGAUGGCCAGUGGAGCGAGCAAGAAGCAGCAAUUCUGGUUCCUGGCGACAUCAUCAGUAUUAAACUUGGUGAUAUUGUCCCUGCCGAUGCUCGCCUUCUUGAGGGGGACCCCUUGAAGAUUGACCAAUCUGCUUUGACCGGAGAAUCCCUCCCCGUCACCAAGAAUCCCGGCGAUGAGGUCUUCUCUGGCUCAACUUGCAAACAAGGUGAAAUCGAGGCCGUCGUCAUUGCCACUGGCGUCCACACCUUCUUCGGAAAGGCUGCCCACCUCGUCGACAGCACUAACCAAGUCGGCCAUUUUCAGAAGGUCCUCACGGCCAUCGGCAACUUCUGCAUCUGCUCCAUUGCCGUCGGAAUGAUCGUGGAGAUAAUUGUCAUGUACCCAAUCCAGAACAGACGAUACAGAGACGGCAUCGACAACCUACUGGUCCUCUUGAUAGGAGGCAUUCCCAUUGCCAUGCCCACCGUUUUGUCGGUCACCAUGGCGAUUGGUUCCCACAGGCUCUCCCAGCAAGGAGCCAUCACGAAGAGGAUGACCGCAAUAGAGGAGAUGGCCGGCAUGGAUGUCCUCUGCAGUGACAAAACCGGCACGCUCACGCUCAACAAGCUUGGCGUCGACAAGAACCUCAUUGAGGUCUUUGCAAAGGGUGUAGAUAAGGAACACGUCGUCUUGUUGGCCGCAAGAGCGUCGAGGACUGAGAACCAAGAUGCUAUUGAUGCUGCCAUGGUCGGAAUGCUUGCUGACCCAAAGGAGGCCAGGGCAGGUAUAAGGGAAGUGCAUUUUCUUCCUUUUAACCCUGUCGACAAAAGAACUGCUCUUACCUACAUUGAUGCCGAGGGCCAUUGGCAUCGGGUGAGCAAAGGUGCUCCAGAGCAGAUUUUGAACCUCUGCAACUGCAAGGAAGAUGUGAGGCGCAGGGUUCACAGUGUAAUCGACAAGUAUGCCGAACGCGGGCUACGCUCACUAGCAGUUGCCAGACAGGAAGUACCAGAGAAAUCGAAGGAGAGUCCUGGUGGCCCAUGGCAAUUUGUUGGCUUGCUGCCUCUAUUUGAUCCUCCAAGGCAUGACAGUGCGGAAACCAUACGCAGAGCCCUUAAUCUUGGUGUUAAUGUGAAGAUGAUUACUGGUGAUCAACUUGCUAUAGCGAAGGAAACUGGUCGCAGGCUUGGAAUGGGAACCAAUAUGUAUCCUUCCUCUUCACUGCUAGGCCAGAAUAAGGAUGCAUCAAUAGCUGCACUUCCGGUGGAUGAACUGAUAGAGAAGGCUGAUGGGUUCGCAGGAGUUUUUCCAGAACACAAGUACGAAAUUGUGAAGAAGUUGCAAGAAAAGAAACAUAUUUGCGGAAUGACUGGAGAUGGAGUUAACGAUGCGCCUGCACUGAAGAAGGCUGAUAUUGGAAUUGCGGUCGCGGAUGCUACAGAUGCCGCUAGGAGUGCUUCAGACAUCGUCCUCACUGAGCCAGGGCUAAGUGUCAUCAUCAGUGCCGUGCUUACAAGUCGAGCUAUUUUUCAGAGAAUGAAGAACUACACGAUAUAUGCUGUCUCCAUAACCAUUCGUAUUGUGCUCGGAUUUAUGCUUAUUGCACUGAUAUGGAAAUUCGACUUCUCACCUUUCAUGGUUUUGAUUAUUGCCAUUCUAAAUGAUGGUACUAUAAUGACGAUCUCCAAGGACAGAGUAAAGCCAUCUCCGAUGCCCGACAGUUGGAAGUUGCAAGAGAUUUUUGCUGCUGGAAUUGUGCUCGGUGGUUACCUAGCCGUGAUGACUGUUAUUUUCUUCUGGGCCAUGAAAGAAACAGACUUCUUCUCAGAAAAAUUUAAUGUCAGAUCUUUGAGGGAUAGCAACGCCGAGAUGAUGUCUGCUUUAUACCUUCAAGUCAGCAUCGUUAGCCAGGCACUUAUUUUUGUUACUCGAUCACGCAGCUGGUGUUUUGUCGAACGCCCUGGUCUUCUCCUAGUCAGUGCCUUCUUAAUUGCUCAGCUUAUUGCAACUCUCAUUGCUGUUUAUGCAAACUGGGGCUUUGCCCGAAUAGAAGGCAUAGGGUGGGGAUGGGCUGGUGUUAUUUGGCUGUACAGUAUGGUUUUCUUCUUCCCCCUCGACUUGUUCAAAUUUGCCAUCCGAUACAUUCUCAGUGGAAAGGCUUGGGACAACCUACUCGAGAAUAAGACGGCCUUCACUACAAAGAAGGAUUAUGGAAGGGAAGAAAGGGAAGCUCAAUGGGCAAUGGCACAAAGAACCCUACAUGGACUUCAGCCUCCUGAAAGUAGCAAUCUGUUCACUGAGAAAAGCAGUUACAGAGAGCUUUCUGAGAUCGCUGAGCAAGCCAAAAGGCGAGCAGAAAUUGCAAGGCUUCGCGAGCUGAAUACUCUCAAAGGACAUGUCGAAUCGGUGUUCAAGCUCAAAGGACUAGACAUUGACAACAUCCAGCAACAUUACACAGUUUAGUGUGAUGGACCUUGCUGAACUAAACAAUACACCAUGAACUGGCAGCAGCAGGCAACCUAGGUGCAACAAGGAAGAAGCCUUUAGUGUUCAGUUUUUUUUUUUUUCAGUUAGUGUUGUGUCUUCGAAGCCUGCAUAAUGCCAUGAUCAUCAACUCUACUUGUUUUUUUUUAACAAAUCCAUUCCAUCUCAUGAGAGCCAGGGAAAUGGCCUUAAUUAGGUGGAAAAGAUACAUAUAUAGAUCGAAUAAUACCAAUGCUGGCUUCUUCAGUAUUUCA